GUACAGGCGGCCAGCAGACCAUUCUCCAUGAGGAGCAGUGGAAGAUGCCGGCUCUGCCAGCACUGCUGCUGUCGAUUUACGUCGUCGUCCUGCUGCUGACCAUGGCACCGCUCUCCUUCAGCCAGGCCAACACCCUCUCUGCCGUCCGCAUGGCGGCCAUUUUGGAUGACCAGUCAACGUGCGGUCGUGGUGAGCGUCUGGCGCUGGCCUUGGCGAGGGAGAACAUCAACAGUCUGAUGGAGGGCCCCUCAGAGGCGAGGGUGGAGGUGGACGUCUACGAGCUGUCAAAGGACUCCCAGUAUGACACUACAGAAACCAUGUGUCAGAUACUUCCAAAGGGCGUGGUCUCUGUGAUUGGCCCCGCCUCCAGUCCCGCCUCCGGUUCCACCAUCAGUCACAUCUGUGGGGAGAAAGAGAUUCCUCACGUGAAGAUCGGUCCCGAGGAGACGCCGAAGCUGCCGUACCUCCGCUUCGCCUCGGUGACUCUGUACCCGAGUAACGAGGACCUGAGCCUGGCAAUCGGCUCCAUCCUGCGCUCCUUCGGCUACCCGACGGCCAGCCUCGUCUGUGCCAAAGCAGAGUGUCUGCUGCGAUUGGAGGAGCUCGUGCACCGCUUCCUCAUCUCCAGGGAGACGCUGUCGGUUCGAAUGCUGGACGACAGUUUGGACCCGACCCCCCUGCUGAAGGAGAUCCGUGACGAUAAAGUGGCGACCAUCAUCAUCGACGCCAACGCCUCCAUCUCCUACCAAAUCCUCAGGAAGGCCAGCGAGCUGGGGAUGACAUCAGCCUUCUACAAGUACAUCCUCACCACCAUGGACUUCCCUCUGCUUCGGCUGGACGACGUGGUGGACGGUCAGUCGAACAUCCUGGGCUUCUCCAUGCUGAACAGCACUCAUUCCUUCUACCUGGAGUUCCUCAGGAGCCUCAACCUGUCCUGGAGGGAAGGCUGCAACAUCAGCCCGUACCCGGGGCCAGCGCUGUCAUCGGCGCUGAUGUUCGAUGCGGUUCAUGUUGUGGUGAGCGCCGUGCGAGAGCUGAACCGCAGUCAGGAGAUCGGAGUGAAGCCGCUGAGCUGCACCUCCCCACUGAUCUGGCAGCACGGAACCAGCCUCAUGAACUACCUGAGGAUGGUGGAGUACGACGGUCUGACGGGUCACAUCGAGUUCAACAGCAAAGGCCAGAGGACAAAUUACACCCUGAAGAUCCUGGAGAAGCACCCCGGGGGCCAUAAAGAGAUUGGUACCUGGUACUCCAACAACACAUUGAUCAUGAACUCAACUUCUCUGGACCUCAACGCCUCAGAGACGCUGGCUAACAAGACGCUAAUUGUCACCACAAUCCUGGAGAACCCGUACGUGAUGCGAAAGUCAAACUACCAGGACUACCGGGGAAACGAUCAGUACGAGGGUUUCUGCGUGGACAUGCUGCGGGAGCUGGCCGACAUCUUGAAGUUCUCCUUCAAGAUCAAGCUGGUGGACGACGGGCUGUACGGAGCGCCGGAGCCCAACGGCAGCUGGACGGGGAUGGUGGGAGAGCUGAUCAACAGGAAAGCCGACCUGGCCGUCGCUGGUUUCACCAUCACCUCGGAGAGAGAGAAAGUCAUCGACUUCUCCAAACCCUUCAUGACUCUGGGGAUCAGCAUCCUGUACCGGGUCCACCUGGGCCGUAAACCGGGUUACUUCUCCUUCCUGGAUCCCUUCUCUCCGGCUGUCUGGCUGUUCAUGCUGCUGGCAUACCUCGCCGUCAGCUGCGUCCUCUUCCUUGCCGCCAGACUCAGCCCCUACGAGUGGUACAAUCCUCACCCGUGCCUGCGGGAGCGGCGGGAUGUCCUGGAGAAUCAGUACACGUUGGGGAACAGUCUGUGGUUCCCAGUGGGCGGCUUCAUGCAGCAGGGAUCAGAGAUCAUGCCCCGCGCUCUGUCAACACGCUGCGUCAGCGGAGUCUGGUGGGCCUUCACCCUCAUCAUCAUCUCAUCCUACACGGCCAACCUGGCGGCCUUCCUCACCGUCCAGAGGAUGGAGGCCCCUAUCGAGUCUCCGGACGACCUGGCUGACCAGACUAACAUCCAGUACGGGACGAUCCACGGAGGGUCCACCAUGACCUUCUUCAUGAACUCGCGGUACCAGACGUACCAGCGGAUGUGGAACUACAUGUACUCCAAGCAGCCCAGCGUGUUCGUGAAGAGUACCGAGGAGGGCAUCGCCCGCGUCCUCAACUCCAAGUACGCCUUCCUGAUGGAGAGCACCAUGAACGAGUACUACCGCAGCCUGAACUGCAACCUGACGCAGAUCGGAGGGCUGCUUGACACCAAAGGAUACGGCAUCGGCAUGCCUCUGGGCUCUCCGUUCAGAGACGAGAUCACUCUGGGGAUCUUACAGCUGCAGGAGAACAACAGGCUGGAGAUCCUGAAGAGACGCUGGUGGGAGGGAGGACAGUGUCCCAAAGAGGAGGACCACCGGGCCAAAGGUCUCGGUAUGGAGAACAUCGGUGGGAUUUUCGUGGUGCUGAUCUGCGGCCUCAUCAUCGCCGUCUUUGUGGCCAUCAUGGAAUUUGUGUGGUCGACGCGGCGCACUGCAGAGACGGACGAGGUAAACCUUCAUCAUCACCCUCCUACUCCUCCUCCUCUUCCUCUCUCGUCCUCCUCCUCCUGCCCCGCCCCCGGCCUCAGCAUCAGCUCAAACUCCUCAGUGUCCGUCUGUCAGGAGAUGCUCACAGAGUUUAGAAACGCCGUCUCCUGUAAGAAGAGUUCUCGUUCUCGCCGCCGCCGCCCUCUGAGCAGCGCCGGGGGCGGAGUUCUACGUCAUCCGUCCCGUCUGGCUCUUGCCGCCCCUCGCCCAAUCCGUCUGGUCCGUGACAUGCGUCUGAGCAACGGCAAACUGUACAGCGGUGCUGGUCCUCUGACGGGGGGCCCGCCGGGGCUGGGACUUGGAGGAGGUCAUGACUUGGGCCCGGGGCCACAGAGGCUCCUGGAGGACCCGCUUGGCGCCAACGCCACAAACAAUCCAGCAUCAGCCCUGGUGGCCCCGCCUGCCCUGCCCCGCAGCUUCCUUCAGGGGUGCAGCCACGUGAGGAUCUGUCAGGAGUGUCGGCGGAUUCAGAGCCUACGACCAGCCACACUGACCCCUCCCCCUCCUCCUCCUCCCUCCUCUUCCUCCUCAGCCUCCUCCUGCUCCAGGGUCCCUCAGUCAGGCCCGACGCCAGGUCACCACCGCCACAACCCCCACCACCUUCUCCACUACCAUCAUGGCUCCAUGUCUCUGCCCCGCCUCCCCCCGCCGCCUCCUCCAAUCCCAGCAGACAGAGCCGACAGUGACGGGGGAGGGGGGGCAGGGAGUCCACGACGAACCAACACCAAACCACCACCACCGCCUCGGCCGCUGCCCCCUCCAAAGACGCCAACACGCCCACCAACAGACUUACUGGGAGGGCACGACUGAGUGUAAAGGCGAGCUGGAUCAGUCUAAACUUUACCCAGCGGGGGGUUGAAACCUUUAUAACCUGUUUUCAGGGUCAUUCAUAAACAACCUUGCCGCAGUGGAUCAUACCAACAACCUUUCAGAGGGGAGGACGGAUCAAACCAUUCCGAAUCAAACAUUGAAUUUUGGAAAAAACAAGCCGACAUUUUCAGAGUGUUUGGAUCAGACGGGCUUCAGGCGAUGGACAGGAAGUGACUGCCAAUAGACGCCAUCCUGACACCUUGUUUGUCCCGCCUACAACCCUGCCUCCCCUUCCUGGCCAAUCAGCUCGCUCCGUGCUGAGUGAGGAGGAGUCAGAGACACUGAGAGACGGAUUGUUUAUCAGCACUGAUGUUUUACUGUUUGAAUACUGAACCAGCUGUUUGUAUAGCGGGAAAUGUAAACACACACAAACACACACACACACACACACACACACACACACACACACACACACACACACACACACAAACACACACACGGUAGCAGAGCAGCUGUACAGUAACCAUCUGUCAAUCAUGUGGAUGUCUCUGGAGUCAAAGGACAGGCUGUCGUUUUUAUUCCAGUCAGUGGAGCUCAGUCUGUACACACAUACACCAACACACACACACACACACACACACACACACACACACACACACACACACACACACACACACACACACUCACAGGUAAACUUGGAGGGCAAACUAGAAAAAAAAAUGCAUUUCUGAUUGUACUUUCCUUCCUGUGAGACCGUCCAAUCUGAGCGUCACCUCUUUACUUUUUUUAUAGUUUCCGUUUUAAUGGUAACCUUGUGUUUCUCAUCUUUAAUUGAUUUUAUAAUUUUUAGAAUUGAGUUCAAACAAUCCAUAAAGUGACCAAUCAUACUGAUCUAUACACCAUCAGAAGUGCUGAUAUUGAUUGUUAUUGAUCAACAGUUCCCAGUCUGUAGGCUGCAUUCCAGAUGUGAAUCUGUUCCUGCACAUUUUUAACGGUUAAUGGUUUUAUUUCAGAGCAGUGCCUGGAGUUUGUGUUUGUUUUAUAAUUUUUAUAUCAUGUUUGCAUAGAAACUGUGCAGAAAGUGUUUCAAACCAGCAGCACCCGAGACAAAGAAAUGGUCAAUAGAAAUUAGAAAAAUGUGCAGGAGUGUGUGUGUGUGUGUGUGUGUGUGUG